AUGCGCGUAUUUGUCACUUCCUUCGGCCCCUUCGGUGAUCAUAAGGUCAACCCGAGUAGCCAGGCCGUCAAGAAAUUAAAGGAAAUAUGGGAGUCUAGAAGUGAAUUAUCGGGAAGCGACUUGGAACUGAACACGAUUACAGAUGUACAGGUUGCCUACGACACUUGUAGAGAUCUCACAGAAAUGUUAUGGAAAAAUAGACCAGUACAUUAUUUAUCAUCAUUACUUAUUAUUUUUCUGUUUUUAUUGCCAAAUUACAAUCAUGAUUACUUUACUAUACGGUCUUAUACUAAUUUGCUGUGCUCCGUGUGA